AUGUCCCUCGUCCCUCCUUCUAAAGGCGAUGAACCUGAUCUCGCCGGUCGUGCCGCUGCAAAACUUCAAUAUGAGGUUGCGCAGUACGUCGAGACCAAGACCGUCACCACGACCACCACGACGAAGCGCUCCUUUCCUCCCCUGUUCAUCCGGCAACCGCGGCCUCUCGAAGCCCUUGAUGCAAAAGAAUACCCCUUGGCGCAGGGCCCCACGCCAGCAGGUCUGCGGAAGUUCUCUUUGGACCUGAACGACAAUGACGACGAGUUUGCCUGGUCCUUCGCCGAGCCAGCUUAUAGCCCGGUGUCUUCUGAGGAUCACGUCAGUCCGGCUCGCGAGGCCAUUAAUCCUCCUUGUCGCGGCACCCCGGUCCCCGAAUUACAAUCAAAACCUCCUCGGCCUGCUACCGAGUCCCAGACGCGUCGCUCACGCAGACAUAUGCCCAACUCCGGCGCCAGUCCCUCUGCCGGCAAGGCCUCUCAGAGAUCGUCACGCAGCCAUGCACCCACUUCGCAUGUGUCCGACCGGCUCCGCAGGGCGGUGUCUAACGGUGCUCGGGACAGGAUCACACGCCAGACGUCUUCACAGUAUCUCGCCACCCCGGAUAGGUCUGACUCGGUGGCGGGCAGCACCGAGUGGCCCCAGAGGUUACGUCCCCUCAAUGUCGAUAGGCUAGUGGAGCCGUCCACCUCCAACCCCAGCCAGUCCACCGCUGCCUAUGACGCCGCCAGUCCAGCCGGCAGCGAGUCGCAGACGGUGUUCAGCAGCAGUGUGGCCACCCCUCCUAUUACCGACGCCGACGUUGAGCCGUUCGCCGAUCCUCUUGACGAUCUGAGGCCGGUCUCGUCACGAGCAUCCCAACCACCGCGUUCCUCCAUCACCGUUGCUGCGGGAGAUGCGAGCCUGCCUAGCCCACGGCUGUCUCCAACCCUGGCCGCUGCCCAGCUGCACACGACUGAGACGCAAGAUGACGAGAUCGAGGAAGAGGAAGAAGAAGAAGAAGACCCAAGCUUUUCGAAGAGUAUUACCAGGUCGUCACGGCGGCGAUGGAUUGACGAGAACCAGGACACACAGUCCACGAUCGAUCUGGACAUGGAACUGGCUCUGGUCGGUCAUGAUUCGCCGUCCAAUCGUGACCGAGGUUCUUUCGAUCGCUCUUCCGGGCUUCUUGACACUCGCUCCAUGCUUGAAUCCUUUGACGCAAUGCCCAACGAGAUGAAGACAUUCAUGAUGUACCAGUUUCUCCGCAGAUGUCCCAGGAAGACCCUGCACAUGGUUGCCGAUGUUGUGAAUCCGGCGCUCAAGUGCGAUUUCCUGAAGCAGCUGCCUGUCGAGCUGGGUCUGCAUGUCCUGAGCUUUCUUGACCAUCGUGAUCUCUGCCGUGCGGCGCAGGUCUCGAAGCACUGGCGCAACCUGAUUGACACCAACGAGACUGGCUGGAAGGAACUCCUCGAUAGAGAUGGGUUCAAGCUCGCGCCCGGCGAGCUCAAGAAGGCCAUCAAGCAGGGCUGGGGCUGGCAAGAUCCUGAGGGUCCGGAAGGCGCUGAGCUCGAUGUCAGCUUGCAGAACCGCCUGACUUCUACCGAGGCCGAACUGUGGUCGCCGGGGGCCGACGGCCACACGAAGACUCGUAGCUCUAAGCGGAAGCGUCUAGAGCAGAGCCACUCGCACUAUGCGCAGCGCAAACGGCGGGUGAGUGCUCGUGAAGUUGUCAAAGACGACUCGCCUUCAUCUCCGCCGAAGCUGUUCAAGCCAGACGGCCCCAUCUCAGCGGCCGGCGAGGCAGCAGCCGCCGUUUCUGAUCCCCAAAUCGGCCUGCCGAGUCUUCGGAGACUCCAUCUUUUCAAGUCACUGUACCGCCGUCACUACAUGAUCCGCCAGAGUUGGACGAGUGGCAAGGUCAAGCCUGGUCACGUCGCUUUUGCCGCACACCCACGCCAUGUGAUUACCUGUCUGCAGUUCGACGAUGACAAAAUUAUUACCGGAAGUGAUGAUACUCUCAUCCACGUUUAUGAUACCAAGACUGGCAAGCUGCGAAAGAAGCUCGAGGGCCACGAAGGUGGAGUCUGGGCUCUUCAGUACGAAGGCAACAUACUGGUGUCCGGGAGUACCGACCGGUCUGUUCGCGUUUGGGAUAUCGAGAAGGGUUUGUGCACACAGGUGUUUUUCGGCCAUACCUCUACCGUACGGUGUCUUCAGAUUCUCAUGCCCACCGAGGUGGGUAAGACAUACAGUGGAGAGCCGAUCAUGAUGCCGCCGAACCCUCUUAUUAUCACUGGAUCGCGAGACAGCCAGCUGCGCGUGUGGAGGCUGCCCGAAGCAGGAUCUCGUAGGUAUAUCCAGACAGGCCCCCCCGCUAACGACGCUGAGUGUCCCUACUUCGUCCGAAUCCUGCCUGGUCACACUCAUUCUGUCCGCUCCAUUGCUGCCCACGGCGAUACUUUGGUGUCUGGUAGCUACGACGCGACGGUCCGUGUGUGGCGUAUCAGUACUGGCGAGGCGCUGCACGUCCUCCAUGGUCACACUCAGAAGGUCUACAGCGUGGUCCUCGACCACAAGCGGAACCGUUGCAUCUCUGGAUCUAUGGAUUCCUUUGUCAAGAUAUGGGAUCUCGACACUGGUGCUUGCCUCCACACUCUUGAAGGUCAUACUCUCCUCGUGGGCCUUCUCGACUUGCGCGACGAACGCCUGGUCUCUGCUGCGGCAGACAGCACACUUCGCAUUUGGGACCCCGAGAACGGGAAGUGCAAGAACACUCUUAUGGCCCACACUGGCGCCAUCACUUGCUUCCAGCACGACGGGCGAAAGGUUAUCAGCGGCAGCGAGAAGACUGUAAAGAUGUGGGACAUUCAGACCGGCGACUGUAUCCAGGACCUCCUAACGGACUUGGGUGGCGUGUGGCAAGUCAAGUUUGAUGAGCGUCGAUGUGUCGCAGCUGUGCAGAGAGAUAAUCUCACAUAUGUCGAGAUCCUUGACUUUGGAGCCGUCAGAGAUGGAAAGCCACCUGAGGAGCUCGGCAAGCGCAUCCUGCUCAACGGACCCGAGGUGCAGCACAUCAUCGAGGAAGAGCCUUAGUAUAUCUUAGCCCUUUGUGGCUGAUCUGCAGCUUGUUCCCUUACCCACAAUGGCCAUAGCCCAUAGACACCUGCAGGAUGGGAAGCAUGGCCACUCACGAACACGAAGUGAGGUGGCCUCGGAAAAGGUUGUUUGCUCUACCGCGGACAAAAGCAUUGUGGAUACGCAUGUGUGGUUUGUUGUGUUCUUGCCCCUAUCGAGUGCCCUGUCACACCGCAUUGUUCAUGUUUUUGAUUUUUCUUUCUGUGUCACAUACCUGGAGCGUUCCUCAUUUCGAAACAGUUUUUUGUUUUUUCCCUCCCCUCCCAGCGGAUCAUUCAACCAAAUCUGCAGUAUAUAUCAAUCAUGGGUCUGGUUUGUCAUUCCAUUCUCAAUGUUAGGCGGUCUCGUUUUGCCUUCUUCUUUUUGGGCGUACAGGCAUCGGGACCUUAACUGGGCCAAGACGAGGUAUAUCAUGUCGUUCCGUCGCGGGGUUGUUGGUAGAUAGCGUUAUUCGCGAGUCUUAAUCUGAUGCUUAAUGACCAC